AUGGAUACGGCGGAUUUGGAAAAGUACUUGAAUCAAUAUGGAGUUUGGCCAGGGAUUUUCAGGGCUCUCUUCAUAGCUCGCUCUCAUGAAGCUUUCAGGUCCUUCUGCUCUCAAUAUGCAAUCAACAAAUUGAAAGCAAAUACUUACAAUUUGGAAUUGUACAAAUCUGCCUUUUCAGAGUUCACAAAUGAUGUCGGCGAAGAACAAUAUGAUUUGUCUUGGAUUGACAGUGUCACAUACCAUCGAAAACAAAAUCUAGACCAUCUCACAAAAGAACUGAAAUCUUACAAAAAUAAUCUCAUUAGAGAGUCCAUUCGGUCAGCACAACUCGACCUGGCCUCUUUUUUUACCGACUUGGGCCAAUUUGAAAGCGCCCUUCGGGCCUAUGCGAAGGUCCGAGAAUAUUGCACCAACGCUGGUCAAAUCGCCCAUUUAUCGCUCGACUUAAUGAGAGUCUCCAUCUGGAUGGAAAACUAUUCUCACGUUCUCGCUUUUGGUUCUCGUGCCAAGUCGACUCUUUCUGCUGCCAUGGAGAUCAAAAGUACCGUGUAUGCUUAUUGCGGUUUGGCACACAUGUGCCUGGGCGACUACAAAUCUGCCCUAGACCACUUUCUACAUGUUGCACCAGAUUUUUCCGAUAUUCUCUUGACCAAAACAGACGUAUCCACAUAUACUUCUAUAUGUGCUUUAGUAUGUUGGGACCAUAAAGAACUGCUACAACAGUUAAACGAAGAUGAAAUAUUUAAUGCUUUAUCCGAUCUUAAUCCCACUUUACGAAAAUGUAUGCAUUUUAUGAGCCAGCGAAAGUACAGCUCUUUGUUUAACACUCUUCAAGCCAGCUUUCCGGAAUAUGCAUUGGACAUGUACCUGGCUCCUCAUCUACUCACCUUUCUGUCUUUAAUCCGCGAGCGUUCGUUGAUUGAUUAUUUGUUUCCAUACAGUGCUAUUCCUAUGAAAAAGAUUGCCUCUGACUUUCAAGUUGACUUGCCCUUCAUUGAAGAUUUUCUAUUGCAAAUGGUAGAAACACAAAAGAUAGACGCGAAAUUGGAUUGUCUGAAUAAGUGUGUUUAUAUGGAAUCUUCGUUAGAAGGCGAGCGCUUUCAAGAAAUUCAAGACAUCGUUGAAAACACCCACAUUUAUAGCAAAGCGAUCCAUUUACAGACUACAAAUACUUUUAACAAAAGCAUGGAUGAUGAAUCUUCUACGCAUACUUAA